UGGAGCCCCCCUCUCAGCGGGGAGGAGACGUCAUGGUUAUGUCACACCGUGCCCAGCAGCUCAGGGUCUGCCGCACGUCACUGCUGGCCACGCCCACUCAUUAACACUGUGACGUCGCGCAAGGAACGAAAUAAUAUCGAGAGGAAAAAGAGCCCUGGUCGCUGGCUAUAAAGAGCUGGCCUGUACGUGCGGGGCGGGGCUUAGCGGCUGUCCAAUCACUGUCGCCUGUUCCGUUUCGUGUACACAGCAGCAAGUUAGGCUGCGACAUACAAAACCCGCUGCUCCCGGAGAAUCGGGAGGGGAAGAGGGAGUGAGCGAGGAAGAUGGCGGCGGCGGCUCUUAGUGAGGAGGGGAGGUACGGGCUGUCCUGCGGGAGGGGGACACAGGACCAGGUCACCGUACUUCACGUCAAACUCACUGAGACCGCCUUCAGAGCCCUGGAGAGCCACCAGAACACUAAGAAUUCAAUACCUGCGCGACCAUCCAUUCAAUUUCAGGGACUCCAAGGAUGCAUCAAGAUUCCAAAAUCAGAUUGCCCCAAUGAAAUGCACAACUUUAACUUCUAUAUGUCGAACGUGGGAAAAGAUAACCCUCAAGGCAGCUUUGACUGUAUUCAACAAACAGUGUCAAGCACUGGUUUGUCUAAACUGAACUGUCUGGGAGUCAUACAAGAUAAAAUCACAGUCUGUGCCACUAAUGACUCCUACCAGCUUACAAGAGACCGCAUGACCCAGGCAGAAGAAGAAACUCGAAGCCGUAGUACUAAAGUCAUAAAGCCUGGUGGCCCAUUUCUAGGAAAGAGGGUCCAGAUUCGGAAACCAGCAAGUAAUCUUCUAGAUACAGCACCAGAAAGGAAAAGGUCGACACCCAUUAAUCCUGCCAGCACCCUUCGCAAGUCAAAUAUCAGCAACAGUAUUGCACAACGGCCAUAUAGGGAAAGGGUGAUUCAUCUGCUGGCACUGAAGCCAUAUAAAAAACCAGAGAUACUCGCUCGUUUACAUAAAGAUGGCGUUAAUCACAAAGACAAGAACGCUCUUGGUGGCAUCCUGCAACAGGUUGCCAAUCUAAAUUCAAAGGACAAUUCGUAUACGCUUAAGGAUUUUGUUUACAAGGAAAUACAGAGAGAAUGGCCUGGGUACCUGGAAGGAGAUAAACAGUUAUUAGACAGAGUUCUUUCCAGAAAACUUAAUCAGUCUCAGAAUGCUGCCAGCUCCAGUCAGUCGGACUCUCCUCCUCCAAGUACUGCAUCGCCACCUCCACAGAAACGUACUCAGGAUACGGAGUUUAUUGAUCCCCUAAUGACUAAGAAGCCGAGGAUAUCUCAUCUUACGAACAGAGUGCCCCCAACUUUAAAUGGCCACUUGGGUUUAACCAAUGAAAAACCAGCACCUGCGCCCCCUCCGCCUUCUGCUGCCACCCCAACACUUCCUCCACUUCCGCCUACACGCCUUCCAGUUUCAAAUCCACAAAACAUAAACUCUAACUCCAAUUCUCCCAGUACCCCUGAGGGUCGGGGGACACAAGAUCUGCCCAUGGACAGUUUUAGUCAAAACAGCAGCACCUAUGAGGACCAGCAAGAAAAAUAUACUUCUAGGACUACUCUGGAUAACACUCUACCAACCCCAAUCAAGUUGGGAAGCUCUGAUCCCACGGACGAUAAAAACGGCACAUUACAUAAAAAGGCAAAGAGAAUAAAAAAACACAAGGACAAAGACAGAAAAAAACUGGACACUGAACCCAUGGAGGAAGACCAUCCAGUGCGCCUAAAAAAAGAAGAAAUAGUUAAGAUGGAAGAGAGCCUAAGUCCAGAUGAGAAGAAAGAUGUUCAAGUAACCUGCACAGCUUCAGACCCCUCAUCAACAACCGAAUUACCAGAUUACAUAGUAAAAUACACUGUUAUUGUAUCUAAUGAGCAGAGACAAAGUUACAAGGAAGACUUCAACUCUGAAUAUGAUGAAUACCGGAGUUUACAUGCCAGAGUAGAAAGUAUCACUAGAAAAUUUAUGCAGCUUGAUGCACAUAGGAAGCGGCUUUCCCCUGGUUCUAAGGAAUACAAGGUUGUACAUGAAGAGGUUAUAAAAGAGUAUCGAAAAUUUAAAGAGGCAAGUCCGAACUAUUAUGAAGAAAAGUACAGAUGUGAAUAUCUUCACAACAAACUUGCCCACAUUAAAAGACUAAUAGGAGAAUUUGACCAACGACGGGCAGAGUCCUGGCACUAACGCUCUGCUUACAAGAUGUGAAUACUUAACGUUAUUUAUUUAAAAUUCCAGAUGUGUUACGCAAGGAUAAAGCAAAGAAACUUACAGGAGUUUCAGUAUUAGCAGCAAAUUAUUAUUUUUUUUUUCUUUCUUUCUCCUGGUGCCCAACCUUCCUUUAUCCUGCUUAAAUAAAAGCUGCUUUUUCUCUUCCUUGUCCUUUUUGGACAUUUAUCUGUGGAAAUCAGUAUAGCCGCUGGAGUUCCAGGGUCUCUAAUCUGAUAAACUGCGCAUUCUAAGUUUUAUGUAGCAUAAUGAUGUGCUUUUGGAUAAAUGUCUGUCUUCUGACCUUUCUUAAUGCAAACCCUUUGCCUUAAACGGUAGAAGGUUGAAAAAAUUUGCACAAAAUGUAUUUAAAAAAUAAAAUAAGCGUAAAAAAAACUUAGAAAAAAAAUAUAUGGAGGGUUAAGGGGGGACAGAAAAA